GUAAAUAACAUUUUAUCAAAAAAAUUAAAGCAAAAUUAAAGUAAAAUUAACAUAAAAUUAACAUACAAUUGAAGCAAAAUAAAAAUGCGAAAGAUGGAACUUUCGAUAUCCCCCCACACCCUCUACACAUUCGAAUAACACUCCCUGACCAGACUACCUUUCGAAUGACGCCCUGCUUCUCCCCCUCUUCACUGCACUGUAGAAGCACAAAUCGAAUCCCCACCCCUCCCCCAUGCGAUGCUGUAAUUUUUCCCAUUUCGCGUUGGCCCCAAUUGAAGAUCCCCAUCCCGCCUUUACACCUUCGUGCACAUAUUACUAAACACAUUUUGUACUCUCGGGAUGCAUACCGCUGCUCAUCAGAGAAGCACCUCCCAAUUUUUGAAAAAGAAAAACAUCUCAACAUCCAAAAAGGGAUGAUCUGUUUAUGUAAAUAUAUCCACACAUGUGCAACGCAUACAUGUUAGGAACCGAGCCUACAUGUAUAACUCUCCCCCGAAGUGCAUCAAUUUCUCCAACGAGAGUCCCAAUCCCAGUGGUGGUAGGGAUAGCGGCGUAGAGAAGAAUGAAAUAAUUGCCAUGGUGGUACCCGUAAGAUUCGCCCUCCCUACAAAAUAAACAUCACAAGAUGAAAAAGAGGAAGUGCCACUUUCGACAGCAAAGUGAAGGAACAGACAAACGGAAAAAAAAAUUGAAGAACAGAAAUAAAGUGCUACUCAACCGCAGAGGCGACACCCACUGUGAAGAUGGAAGCAGCAGGGGGGUGAAUCAAACCAAGGGACACGGUCAAAAUGAUCAAAAUUUCGCAUGCGUUGAGAAAAGCAAAACCUGUAGGGAGGUGUCACAACAAGGAAGCGAAUUGCUAGUCAACCCAAACAGGUACAACGAAACGGAUGCACACAUGUGCGAAGACUCAACACACAACAGUAGCGACUCCUCUGAAACUCCCAAAUUUUUAGAAUCCAACGGAUCGGAGGCAUAUCAAAGCACAAGCGAGUUUGACGCACAGAGCACUACAUCCAAUGAUACCCUUAGCGAUCUAAGUGCUCACACAGACGAGGGUUGCAACCAGGAUGACAGGUUAAUUCAAAUUUUUGAGCGCAUCGAUUAUGCAGGGAGUGCCUGUUCAGGGGAAAACGGCGACUUGCGAAGAAACGGGGACGUCUUGGAAACGUUCGACGUGUAUGAUGUGUUUGAAAAUGAGGGGGGCGCACCUAACCACGCCGCUAACAACGCAGCUAACCAAACCGCUAACCGCGCCGAUAACCACCCCGCCAAAGAAACGCACGAGGCAGAAAAACUAAUCGCGCAGAACGUCCUGUCGAAAAAAAUGCUCAUCAUACUCCCCUUCUUCAAGAAGCGCAUCUUCAUAGAAGCCAUAUGGGACUACUUCCAGACAAACAAAGUGAAGGACGAAACGGACGGGGAUAACUUAAAGGUCCAGUGCUUCCACACCUUCCGCAAAAUCCGCGAAUGUGCAACUCGUUGUAGUGAUGGUCCCACCGAUGGGAACUUCCCAAAUGAUGAACUACUCAGCACGUACUUCUUUAACAAACUAAAUAAGAACCAAUAUGAUAUGAAAAUAAAAAUGGAUUACUACGAGGUGGAAUUUUUUUUCAUUUUCUUCUUAACAUACUUUCGCUUUUCCCUAUACCUAACGGGAUACAUAAAUUCGUCCUUUCUGUACCAUUCGAACGAAGUGCACUUCAUCAUCUUUGUCCUCAACAGAUAUCACUACUUCGUGGACCAUAUGUACGUUAAUGAUAAUUCUUUGCCUUUUACUCCGAAUGAGGUGCAAGACAUUAUGUGCACCUACAAGAAGUGCAUUAUCUCUCUUUUAGAUUAUCUCGACACCUUUUACCCGUUUUUGCUCCUCAUAAGUGACGUUAUACAAGAGGUGCACGCCAAAUUUAAGAAAAUUUCACACAAGUUGAAGGAACUUGAGCGGGUUCUGGCCAAAGCGGACCCCACUGAAAGAAACUCUGCGAAGGAUAGCAUCGAGCCUGGCAUUAUGACUCCACACACUAUCAAAAAGUUCAAUGCGGUUAAAAAAAUUAACAAAAUAAAGAGGAAGUUCUUCAAAAGGAAUGGUGACACCUUUGCCAUGCUGAUUAGGGCGCGCCUGGGCAGUUAUUGGGUGGACAGGGGGGAACGCCGCAUGAGUGGAGCAACCCCAAGUGAGCCGCUUCCAGGCGACGCCAAUUUGAGUGACAACACCCUGCGUGCCACCACCCUAGGUGAACCUCUUCCAGACGACGCCAGUAUGAAUGACCACUUCCUACAUGGUGCCACCCCAGGUGACCCCCCCCUUCCAGACGACGCCAAUUUGAGUGACCACUCCCUACAUGGGGACAAUCUCGACGAGCAACUCGCCCAACUGAUCCGCAACACCAGGUGCAACAUGCUGGUAAAGCACACCAUCUUCCGCACAGUGGCGAAGCUGAACCAAAUUAUGAGCUCCCUCGAAAUGGCCAACCCCCUCGCAGACGCGAACCAAACAUGCGCACAGCACAUCAUGUCGAUGCCGACGCUACUCACUUUCAAAGCCUUAAAAGAAAUGAGAAAAAAAGACAAGUGGCACCAACUCCUAAAGCAUAAUUAUUUCUAUAUAGAAAAAAGUUACUACUACUUCAAAGAAUUGCAUGAAAAAAAAAUCAUCUACUACCAAAUACAAAACCUGUUCCGCUCCAUCCUAAAUUUCAAAAUCAAUGUCGUGUAUAAUCCUUUCAUACAGUAUUUGUCCAUUGGAGAUAUGAAGAACAAAAGUAUGCACACUAUCUAUGACUACAUAUACUACAUAAAAGACAUGCGCCAGAAAAAUUACUUGGUAACUCUCUUCGUGUUCAAUCGGCUCAUUUAUAAGCUCCAAUUUGACGUCACCACGUAUGGGCUCCUCUUCUCCAUAUACAACUCCUUGAAAUUUUUAUUUUUCGAAAAAUCUUCCAUCCAUUUAAUAAAAAAAAAUCGAACGAUGAAAAAUAAAUUUAUGUAUCUCUUCAACGAGAUGAUAAGUACGUGCGAUUUUAAAACGUAUGAACAUAUCCCAAGUCCCUCCAAAAAUAUUAUAAAGGACACAUUUUUUAUUCAAGAGGAUUCACUUGUGAGGAGUGUACUGUCAGCUGCCAUGAGGGAAGCGACCCGGUUGAGACUCACCGGACAUAUAGUCACUAAUGCUUCGCUCUUUUUUCACUAUAAGAGGUUGCUAAAUUGCCAGGUCCGCAGAGGGAUCCUAAACAGCAAUGCUAUUCACGUGGUUGAACGGAAUUAUGUAAUCCGCCAAAUUGAGGACAACUUGGAGGAGAUGAAAAAUAAACUGUAG